AAUUUGAAAAAAUUUAUAGGUUAAUUUAUAUACGUGCUCUAUUUUCUUUGCUCUGUGUGAAUUUAAAGAAAUUAUACAUUUAAUAAAAUGACCAAACUUGUGGAGUGGCUGUCUGGUUUUAGUAUCUUGAUUGCCAUUUGGUUGUAUAUGAUUAAGGAAGAAAGACAUUUUAACUUUGUUCAUGAACACUAUGAUAUUGUACUUUACUCACCAGUGAUUUUUGUAAUUCUAUUUGGUUUAUAUGCAGCAAGUGUGGUCUUAUACAGAGUUUAUGCAUUCAAUGAUUGUCAAGCAGCUGCAAUAGAGUUGCAAAAUGAGGUUCAAGAAGCCAGGGAAAAUCUCACCGAAUUAGGAUUCAAAUUCAAAGAAAAAACCAAUUGAGGCAUUACUGAAAUGGACAGCAUAGGUCAAACUGCAUUUAAAAAAUUUGAGACUGACUUGAGUUGUAUAAAGUUGUAUACAAUUAACAGUUUUUAACUAUUUGUUGUAUCCUUAUAUUUAGUAUGUUAUAUAUAUUGUUUCUAUUGCUGUAUUUUAUUUACACUUUGUAAUACAGUAUCCUAGAAAAUCUUUA